AUGUAUUCACAUCAUUCCCAUUCCUUGGAUUACGUGGCCCACGGCGUUGAUUGCUUGGAGGAUGUGGUAGCUAGGGCUAAUGAGAUGAAGAUGGAGUUGUUUUGCUUGACAGAGCAUAUGCCUCGGAUAGAUGCCAAGUAUUUAUAUCCAGAAGAGGCAUCGAAUUCUGCAGAGAGCGACUUGAGAACCCUGCAAAACAAAUUUGGCAAAUUCCUAGUGCAUGCAUCAGAAGUUAAAGCUCGAGACUUACCUACUAAAAUCAUCAUCGGAGUGGAAGUUGAAGGCUGUGAUACGGCUCACAUUGCAUAUGCAAAAGAACUAAUGGACAAGAAUGCAGGUGUUUUGCAGUUCUGCGUGGGAUCACUGCAUCACGUCAAUGGAAUUCCCAUUGAUUUCGAUCAAACCGAAUGGAAUCGCGCUUUGGCCUAUUCGGACAACAAUUUGAGAUCACUGGUUCGCGAUUAUUUCGAGCAACAAUAUAAGCUCAUCUGCGAACUAAAGCCGCUCGUUUUAGGACACUUUGACUUAUUCCGUUUAUUCUGCUCCAAGAAUACUUUUGUCGAUUGUGAGACCGGCCAGGUGGUUAGCGAGUCCUCCCCUAAUGCAGUUUCUGCCGCUUCCGUUUCGUUUACGAACAAAUGGGAUGACAUCAAAGUGCUCGCAGAAAGAAAUCUCAGAGCAGUCGCGUCCUAUGGUGGUCUGAUAGAAAUUAACACGUCUGGUUUACGUAAAAAACUGGAGGAUCCCUACCCUGGCCGAGAGUUUGCUAUGCUGGCCAAAGACAUACCAGGAACAAGGUUUGUAUUGAGUGACGACGCCCAUGGCGUUUCACACGUCGGAGUUUGUUAUGACCAGGCCCUGAUAUACAUCGACAAGUUACUCCAGUUAGAUCAGCUGCACUAUUUGGUAGACGAUUCUGGUAUUCUGAAAGUGGAAUCCAUUGGUAUCGAGGACUUGAAAUCUUCACCUUUCUGGCAACAAUAUGGUUAA